GCUAAUGGAUUUUGAAGUGGCAGAGAUCCAUCUUCUGAUAAUUAUCCUAUCCUCUCAAUAUCUCUCUCUCUGCUUUUCCAUAUCCAAACAACAGGACCCAUCUUUCUUGUCACCAACAUUUCCUAUAUAUACAUGAAUAAUAUCUCCACCCAAUUGAGUGCUCCUCUCCUACUCUGCUAAGUUCAGUUCUGUUUUUUUAACUCAGCUAAGCAGUCCGCUGCAUUUUAGUAAGGAAAGGAUUGCUUAAAAGAAGAAAGAGGGAGACCCAGAAUAAAGUAGUUGAAGAGCUUCUGUUUGCAGGUGACCAUGGCUCUGCAGGCUUCUUCUUUGCUUCCAUCUGCUCUCUCUGUGCACAAAGAGGGCAAGUCCAGUGCAGCUUUCAGGGACUCAAGUCUAUUUGGAAUUUCCCUCUCUGACCAUCUCAAAGCUGACUGCAGAUCUGCUGCAUUGAGAAGCAAGAGGGAAUUAAAUCAAAGAAGGCAACUCACUGGAGCUGUGAGAGCUGAGACAAUGGUUACAACUCCAUCAAUCAGCCGGGCUACACCAGAAGGGAAAAAGACUCUAAGACAGGGCAGUGUAGUGAUCACGGGAGCAUCGUCCGGACUGGGUCUGGCCACUGCUAAAGCUCUGGCUGAAACAGGUAAAUGGCACGUAAUUAUGGCCUGCAGAGAUUUCCUCAAGGCUGAACGUGCUGUUAAGUCGGUUGGCAUUGCAAAGGAAAACUACACCAUUAUGCAUCUAGACCUUGCCUCCCUUGACAGUGUCCGACAAUUUGUGGAUAACUUCAGACGAUCAGGCAGGCCACUCGAUGUCCUGGUCUGCAAUGCUGCUGUCUACCUUCCUACUGCCAAGGAGCCUACAUUCACUGCCGAAGGAUUUGAACUUAGUGUGGGGACUAACCACCUUGGCCACUUUCUCCUUUCGCGGUUGCUGCUUGAUGAUUUGAAGAAAUCUGAUUACCCGUCAAAGCGACUCAUUAUAGUUGGUUCAAUUACAGGGAACACAAACACCUUGGCUGGAAAUGUACCUCCGAAGGCCAACCUUGGGGACUUGAGGGGACUUGCAGGGGGCUUAAAUGGGCUAAACAGCUCAGCCAUGGUUGACGGUGGAGACUUUGAUGGCGCUAAGGCUUACAAGGACAGCAAGGUCUGCAACAUGCUGACUAUGCAGGAGUUCCACAGGCGUUUCCAUGAGGAAACAGGGAUCGCAUUUGCUUCACUUUACCCAGGCUGCAUUGCCACAACUGGCUUGUUUAGGGAACAUAUCCCCUUAUUCAGGCUUCUCUUCCCUCCAUUCCAGAAAUACAUUACCAAGGGCUAUGUUUCUGAAGAAGAAGCUGGAAAAAGACUCGCACAGGUUGUGAGUGAACCAAGCUUGACAAAGUCUGGUGUGUACUGGAGCUGGAACAAGAACUCAGCUUCAUUUGAGAACCAGUUGUCUAAAGAAGCCAGUGAUGUAGAGAAGGCGCGGAAAGUGUGGGAAAUCAGUGAGAAACUUGUUGGUUUGGCUUAAAUGAGAGAGUGCUAAGAUGUUCUUCUUGUCAACUAAUCUUUGCCAGAGGAGAGCAUUUACAGGGAAUGAGGCUUCAUUCUUGAAAUUAGAGUUCAGGUUCAGAUUUCUUCUGUUGUAAGCGAUUUUCUCUUGUAAAAUCAAAUGGCUUGAAAGAGAUGGAAGUGGACAUUAAAAUCA